AUGAAUUUCGCGACCUUACACGUUUCUACACCACAAUUAAUGACGAGCGCAUUAAUUUACAUUCAAGGCGAUAAUCACAAGCAAAUCAAAUGUCGUGCACUCUUGGAUACUUGUGCCACUGCUAAUUUUAUUACGGAAUCGAUGGUAAAUCGUUUAAAAUUGCCUGUGACGAUGCAAUCGUUAUCAAUUAGCGCAAUUAAUGGCACAAGCACUGAGUCGAAAGGCAUAGUGCAUAUCACAAUACAAUCCAUACACGACGAUUUUACAAAAAGUCUGACGUGUUUAACAAUUCCGUCGAUUACCGAUUUCGUUCCAUCCGAAACAUUCCCACGUAACUCAGUUAGAAUACCGCGAAAUAUCAGACUCGCAGAUCCAGACUUCCAUUUACCGCAGCCGGUCGACUUAUUAAUCGGUUCCGGAGCGACGCUUUCCUUGUUCGCAGUCGGUCAAAUAAGUUUAUCAAACGAAAAACACGAUCUUUACAUACAAAAGACGCGACUCGGAUGGGUAAUCGCCGGGAAUGCGACAUCGCAAAGACCAGCAAAUCCAAUAUGUCAUUUAACGCGUUUAGAAGAAUUAAUCUCUAAAUUUUGGAAAAUCGAAGAGGUCGCGACAAAUAAAUCACUUUCCCCAGAGGAAAUCGCAUGUGAAGAACAUUAUCAAAGAACGGUAUCGCGUAACGAAGACGGUCGAUACAUAGUUCGCUUACCGUUUCGAAAAAUUAACGCCCGUCUCGGCGAUUCCCGAGUCAUCGCGCUUAAACGUUUAUCGGCAUUGGAACGCAAACUUAACGCGAACAGUACAUUAAAAAUCGAGUAUACUAAAGUAAUAGACGAAUAUAUAAAUCUAAACCACAUGUCCGAAAUCGAGGAACCUGAAGAUGACGGUUAUUAUAUGCCUCAUCACUCGGUAAUUAAAGAAUCAAGCAAUACUACGAGAGUGCGAGUAGUGUUCGACGCAUCGGCAAAGACAAGUAACGGUACAUCUUUAAACGAUGCGCUGAUGGUAGGCCCGACCGUACAAGACAAGUUAAUUUCGCAUUUACUUCGCUUCCGUUCUUACAAUUACGUCUUAACAGCAGACAUCGAAAAGAUGUACAGACAAAUACUCGUACACGACGAAGAUCGACGCUAUCAGCGCAUAUUAUGGCGCAAAAACGGGAAAAUAAAAACGUUCCAAUUAAAUACGCUCACUUUCGGGAUUGCAUCUUCGCCGUUCCUGGCAAUUCGAACCAUCCAAAAACUAGCAGACGACGAACGAUCGUCAUAUCCGCGAGCAGCCGAAGUAAUCGAGUCACAUUUAUACGUAGAUGAUCUAUUAACCGGCACUGAGACAAUAGACGAGGCUCGAAAAUUACGAGACGAUAUAAUAUCAUUACUAGCUCUCGGCGGGUUUAGUAUAAGACAGUGGGCGUCCAACGACAAACGCGUAAUUAAUGAUUUACCGAUGAACGCGUUACACGAGAAUUUCGCGUUAAAUACAGAUCGCGCUCUAAAAACAUUGGGCGUAUCGUGGAAUACACGCGAUGACGGAAUAUAUUACUCGACGAAUCCGAUUAAAAAUAUCGGAAAAAUUACCAAAAGAAGUAUAUUAUCCGAAAUCGCGAAGAUAUUUGAUCCUUUAGGAUUAUUAGGCCCGAUUAUUCUAUACAUUAAGAAAAUAAUGCAAGACGUGUGGCGGUGUGGUCUACAGUGGGACGAGUCUGUGCCACAAAACAUAUAUACCGAAUGGUUAGAGUUUAUAAAACAAUGGGAAGCAAUGAGUCGAGUUUCCUUCCCGCGUAAACUGCUAAUUGAAAAUUGUCAAGACGUACAAUUGCACGGAUUUUGUGACGCGAGCAAUGUAGGCUACGGUGCAUGCAUAUACGUGCGUUCGACGGGAGAAUGCGGAGACACAAUAGUUAGACUACUGUGCGCAAAAUCGCGAGUAGCACCAUUAAAAACAGUCACUAUACCACGGCUUGAGUUGUGCGGCGCAUUAAUAGUAGCGCAAUUAUACAAAGAAAUAAAAGACGUGCUAGAUUUUCCCAUAAACAAAAUCGUUUUUUGGUCGGACUCGACUAUAGUAUUGCAUUGGUUAAACACAUCGUCGUACUUAUUAAAGACGUACGUCGCGAAUCGCGUAGAAAGCAUUCAGGAAAUCACCGGAUCACAUGAAUGGCGACAUGUCAGAACUGCAGAUAACCCCGCGGACGCAAUUUCGAGAGGACAAUUACCACGAGCGUUUACCCAGAAUAAGGUGUGGUCGUCCGGGCCUUCGUGGUUGGUCGAGGAGGAAGACAAAUGGCCAAAACAAGAUCCCCAAAUAAUUGAAAUACCAGAACUAAAAAAGAAUGUAUGUCUAAUAACCGAGGCACACGAUUUCGGAUUCGGAUUAAUUAAUAAACAUGCCUCCUAUUACAAAUUGCGUAAAAUUGUCGCGUACUGCCGUCGUUUCCGGCCCCGUAAUGAAUACUCCGGUCCAUUACACGCGAAGGAGCUAGACGAAGCCGAAAUUCGAGUAUUAAGGUGGCUACAGGCUAGCCGUUUCGCCGACGAGAUCGCGAAAUUAAAAAAGAACAAUUUGAGUCACACAAAUAAAAUCGCGAAGUUGAACCCAUUUUUGGACGAAAACGGAGUAAUCAGAGUCGGAGGACGGCUACAAGCCUCGAAUAUGUCUUUCGCGCAAAAACAUCAGAUUUUGCUUCCUAGCCGGCAUAGCUUAACUGAUAGUAUUAUUCGCGAAACACACGAAAGACAUUAUCAUCCCGGUAUAGUAACUACAUUACACCUCGUUCGUCAAAAAUUUUGGUUACUCGAUGGCAGGAAUCAAGUACGGAAAAUUAUACGCUCCUGCGCGCGUUGUUUCCGAUUCAAUGCCCAAGUAGUCGAGCACAAAAUGGGAAAUCUCCCAAUCGCACGCGUACAGGAAGCAAUACCGUUCACUAACACCGGUAUUGAUUUCUGUGGGCCGUUUUACAUUAAGGAAAGAAAGUAUAGAAAUCGAACGCGAAUCAAGGUAUACAUCUGCAUAUUCGUGUGCAUGUCAAUCAAGGCGGUGCAUCUCGAACUCGUGAGCGAUUUGUCGUCCGAGGGUUUUAUUGCAGCGUUGCGACGAUUUAUUGCAAGGCGCGGAAUGCCAGCGCAUAUUCACUCCGAUAACGGCAGCAAUUUCGUGGGCGCGAAUAACCAACUCAAGGAACUGUAUGCGUUGUUCAAUUCUGAACAACAUCAGACCGUUCUAAAUAAAUUCAUAAGCGAUCAUAAAAUUACAUGGCACUUUAUACCUCCCGCCGCUCCACAUUUCGGUGGAAUUUGGGAGUCGAUGGUUAAACUUUUCAAACACCACUUCAAACGAGUGGUAGGAGAUUCGUUAUUCACAUUUGAACAAUUGAAUACAUUUAUUACUGAAGUCGAAGGCAUUCUUAACUCACGGCCGAUCACAUCUCUAUCAUCAGAUCCGAAUGACUUGCUUGUGUUAACCCCCGCUCAUUACUUAAUCGGCAAACCGUUGACGACCCUUCCGGAGGGCGAUUUGUCAUGUGUUCCAGUUAACCGGCUAUCUGUUUGGCAACACAUCUCGAAGAUCCGACAGGACUUCUGGGCUCGAUGGAACCUGGAGUAUUUAAAUGAACUCCAAAUCCGGAACAAAUGGACGAAAGAUGGACCCAAGCUCGAAGCGGGGAGUAUUGUCUGCAUAAAGGACAAAAAUCUGCCCUGUAAUCAAUGGAUGCUAGGCAGAAUCGUAGAAACACAUCCGGGCGCAGACGGAAUAGUACGAGCCGCCUCCAUAAAAACUGCAACCGGCAUCAUCAAGCGAGCGGCAAGGGCCUUAUGUCCACUUCCCAUCGAGCGAUAG